UGCACUCGCACAAGGACUUCAUUAGCUGCUUGACUCGCUGCUGUUGUUUUACAAAGGCUCUCAAAAUUGCUCUGAACUUUGGAUUGCUUGGGAAUGCAACACAGGUCCUUUACCCUCAUGCGAUGUCAGUGAUACAGAUGCGACACAGACAGCAGAACCCACGGAACUCAAAUAGUUCCACCGUCAAAGCUCGCAUGUGAAAUCAUACAACCGACUCACCAUCUCCUUCUUGAAGCUUGCACACUACUGCGUCUCCAGACAAUACGACUGCAUGCCUCUCUUUCUUUUGUGUUGGUGGACCAUGAGAAGCUCUUCAAUAUAUUUGAGUGGUUCCCCUGGAUUUUGCUGACAUUGCACCUCAUCCUGCCUGGUUUCCCCUGAACAGGAUGGACUCUCUGGAGUCAGAGCUGACCUGCCCAAUCUGCUUGGAGCUCUUUGAGGACCCACUGUUGCUCCCCUGUGCCCACAGUUUAUGUUUUGGCUGUGCUCACCGUAUCCUUGUCUCGCACUGUGCCACCAACGAAUCGGUUCACAGCGCCUUCCAGUGUCCCACGUGCAGAUAUGUCAUUUCCUUGAGUCCUGAACGUGGGCUCGAAGGACUCAAGAGAAACGUGACCUUGCAGAACAUCAUCGACAGAGUUCAGCAGGCCUCAUCUUCAGGUGGGCUUCCUUUGCCGCUGCCCCUGCCUGCCCCCCAAAGCGGGCCCAACUCGCCCGGUGAAGAAGAAAGUGAGAGGCUGGCCCUGGUCCCCGUCAGCGUCGCCAUGUCAAGCCCAGGCACCCCUCUGGAGCCGGUCCAGUGCCAGUUCUGCGAGCAGGAUCCGCCACAGGAGGCGGUUAAGACGUGCGUGACAUGUGAAGUGUCGUACUGCGAGGAGUGCCUCAGGGCCACUCACCCCAACAAGAAGCCAUUUACUGGACAUCGGCUCAUUGAGCCCAUGCCAGGCUCCCACCUGCGAGGGCUCCAGUGCUUGGAGCACGAGGAGGAGAAAGUCAAUAUGUACUGUGUAACUGAUGACCAGCUCAUCUGCUCCCUCUGCAAACUGGUGGGAAGGCACAGAGACCACCAGGUGGCUGCACUGAGUGAGCGCUUCGAAAAACUCAGGCAAGCCUUGGAUUCAAACCUGAGUAAUCUGAUCAAGAGGAACAACGAGCUGGAGUCGCUAAUGGGGAAACUGAUUCAGACUUGUCAACAUGUGGAGGUGAAUGCAUCCCGCCAGGAGGGUAAGCUCUUGGAUGAGUGCGACACUUUGAUCGACAUCAUCCAGCAGAGGCGACAGAUAAUUGGCAGCAAGAUUAAGGAAGGGAAGGCGCAAAGGCUUCGCAAGCUGGCCCAGCAGAUCUCCAACUGCCAGCAGUGUAUCGAGAGAUCCUCUGUGCUCAUCACACAAGCCGACCAGACACUGAAAGAGAGCGACCACGCCCGCUUUCUGCAGACCGCUAAGAGCAUUAACGAGAGGGUUUCCAUGGCAACUGCAUCAACCCAAGUGCUUAUUCCUGAGAUACACCUGACAGACACGUUUGACAACUUUGCCCUGGACUUCUCCAGAGAAAAGAAACUGCUGGAAAAUCUCGAUUACCUCACUGCUCCGUCUGCGCCGUGCAUUCGGGAAGAGCUGUGCACAGCAUCCUACGACACUAUCUCGGUCCACUGGACAUCUGAUGAUGAAUUCACAGUAGCGUCAUACGAGCUCCAAUAUGCUAUCUUCACUGGACAGUCCAACAUUGCCAGUCUGUGCAAUUCAUUGGAGAGCUGGAUGAUUGUGCCCAACAUCAAACAGAACCAUUACACUGUACAUGGCCUGCAGAGUGGCACCAAGUACAUCUUUGUUGUCAAGGCGAUUAACCAAGCAGGGAGUCGAAGCAGUGACCCGGGGACUCUAAAAACUAACAGCCAGCCAUUCAAGCUCGACCCCAAAUCUGCUCACAAGAAGCUGAAAAUCUCGCACGACAACUUGACGGUGGAACGCGACGAGAGCACAUCGAAAAAAGGCCACAGCCAAGAGCGGUUCACCAGCCAGAGCAGCUACGGCGUGGUGGGGAACGUUUACAUCGACAGUGGGCGCCACUACUGGGAGGCCAUGAUUGGAGGAAGCACGUGGUACGCCGUGGGCAUAGCAUACAAGUCGGCGCCUAAGCACGAGUGGAUCGGCAAGAACUCAUCGUCGUGGGUGCUCUGCCGCUGCAACAACUCCUGGGUGGUCCGCCACAACAGCAAAGAGCUGGCCAUUGAGCCUUCGCCCCAUCUGCGCAGAGUCGGCAUCCUCUUGGACUACGACGCCGGUCACCUGACCUUCUAUGACGCUGUGGGCUCACAGCACCUGCACACUUUCCACGUCUCCUUCGCCCAAGCCGUGUGUCCCGUGUUCAACGUGUGGAACAAGUGUCUGACAAUCCUCUCGGGCCUCCCCAUCCCCGACCACCUGGAAGGACUCGAGCCGCAAGAAUAAGCACCAAACCAACACUUGUCCUGCACUCGAUAUUUCCUUUGAUUUAGCCACCUCCCCCAAAAGUCCGUCUCUUGGAGUUGAUACAAACAUACUGUGCGUUGUUUUUGCCUCAGUAAGAAUCCUAACCUGGAUGGAUGGUCACCUGGAAGCAUUCCUGAGAAAUAGACGAUACUAAGCAGAAAUUCCCACAUAAAUUGACAGACGUUUGCACAACAGGGAAAAAGGGAGAAGGUAAUUAUUGACUUGACGGCAGCCGUCAAUUUCACACUUGAGCUGCAAGCACAUGUAGAAAUCGAUUUAGCAUUACCACGAUUCAUGACAGAAGUAAAGGACCAAAGGAGAUGCUGUUAACUUUGUAAUAAAAUUUCCCAAAUGAGGAGUGUGGUUUGGAAAAACAGGAUUUCCUGUUAAGAAAAAAAACAAAAACAAACAAAAAAAAAAAC